GUCGACUAAAGCUCUACCCAGCAGUUCCCGAAAUGAAGCUCCUUUUCCUCGUCACCUUGUUCGCUCUGGCCCUGCAGUUGGUAGCCUCAGCCACGACAACAACGCAGUCAUCCGUCACGAAGUGCAAGAACCCGAGCAGGUGCAUCAGGACCUACGUGAUUGUGACUCGCAGAAGGAACACUUCGGGCUGAAUGCUGAAAGCUGAACAACUUUAAUCCCAUUUUCCCAAUAAAGAAU